CCCAACAAAUCCACUGGCACUUCUCGUCAGUCGACGACCAAGAGACUCGUACGUACGUGCUGCUGACGUUCGACGACAAUCGCUAGCCGAAGCCAACGAUACUUUAAUAUUUCUCCUUUUUCUGUGUUAUAUAUAUAUACAUAUCCAUGUGAACACACGUGCGAAACGAUACGUGGGACCGCCAAUUUUUUUUUUUUUUCAUUUUGUUUGUCAUAAAUUCUCAGGACUAGUGCUCGCCUCGUACUUCAUCUCAACCUCAACUGAACUUCAAAGUGCUUUGCUCAAAUUAAACCUUCAAAUUUUUACUCCAUAUCACUAGUUUUGACUACUUAAUUUUGAUUUUUUAGUUUUGCAUUUAAUAUAAAUUUGUUUACAUAUGCAACACGUGUCUUUGACUUAUGAGUCUUCAGUGACAUUGAGGACUCCAAUAAAUAGAUAAAAAAAAAACGCAUUGUUUAAUUGCAGUGUUAAAAGGAGCAUUGACAAAUAAAUCGGUAUUAACUUUGUGGUUACUAAAUACAUCGUUUGGAAAUAGUGUUCUCGUAUUAAAUAUAUAUUUACAAGAUUGUAUCGACUGGGAGAACUCGUAUCGCUGGAGAUCGAGGGGAAACUCGAGUGAUAAUAAUAAUAAUAUAAUAUAUAUAAAAUAAAGUGGGAGAAAUAAUCGGUGGACAGCUGGUACCGGUUAACCAUCCGGUCUUUUUAAAACAACUAAAAAGAAGCUUCCAUGCGUUUCAUCAAUUAGUUUUAUUUCAUAGAUAUUUAUUUAUUUAUUAUUAUUAUUAUUAUUUUUUUUUUUAUUAAAUAUUAUCAGUGAUAAUAAUAAACAAAUAAUCAGCCAUGUAUAAUUUAUUACGGGGAUUGAGCCAAUAUUUAAAAUGGCAAGAAGUGAAGACAGAUUCAAUGGUUUUUCGUAUGCAUAAUAUUUUUACAACAGUAUUGUUGCUCACGUGCUCAGUUAUAAUCACGGCCACCCAGUAUGUCGGUAAUCCGAUAUCCUGUAUAGUCGGCAAGGAUUUGCCUAACAAUGUUGUUAAUACAUUUUGUUGGAUUACUUCAACUUUUACUAUGCCUGAUGCAUUCAAUCGUCAGGUUGGCGUUGAAGUUGCACACCCUGGUGUGUCAAAUGACUUUGGAGAUGUUGGAGCGAGGAAAUACUACACCUACUAUCAAUGGGUCUGCUUCGUUUUAUUUUUCCAGGCAAUGUUUUGCUACCUUCCGCACUGGCUUUGGAACAUUUGGGAGGGCGGUCUCGCCAGUACACUGGUUAUGGGUUUAAAUCAUGGUCUCGAUAAUGAAGACACCAUUAGCAAGAAAAAAAAUACUCUAAUGGAUUAUUUAGUGACUCAUAUUAAGAGACACAAAAUGUACGUAUACCGUUAUUUUGUCUGUGAAGUAUUAUGUGUAAUAAACAUCUUUGUGCAAUUAUAUUUAAUGAAUCGUUUCUUUGACGGUGAAUUUAUGAGCUACGGUCUCCGAGUAUUGCAAUUUUCUGACACACCACAAGAAGAACGUGUCGAUCCAAUGGUAUACGUAUUUCCCCGAGUAACUAAAUGCAUAUUUCACAAAUAUGGUGCGUCCGGAACGAUUCAAACCCACGAUUCAUUAUGUAUUCUACCACUCAACAUCGUAAACGAGAAAACUUACAUCUUCAUCUGGUUUUGGUUCAUUAUUCUAUCAGUUUUCUUGGUCUGCCUGAUGAUCUACCGCGCAAGUUUAAUAUUCAUGCCCUCAGUACGACCUUACGUUUUAAAAUACUCCGGUCGUUUGCUGUCUAUCGAAGUAUGUUCGAAUAUCAGCAAAAAACUUGAUCUCGGUGAUUGGUGGUUGCUUUAUAUUUUGCAAUCGAACAUGGACUCAUUGGUCUAUCGCGAUUUAUUAGAAGAACUCACUAAGAAAGUCGGCAAUCAUAUGUCGCAGCCAGUUAAUCAGUAGUUUAGUCAUAUAUAUUAUAUUUUAUUUAAUUUUCUUUAGUUAUUUAAAAAUUUAUUAGAAAGUGACCGAAUAAAAAAAUAAAAAAAAAUAUAUUUCAAAGAAUUUAAAAAUUUUGAAAAAAUUCAAAUCACUUGUAAUUAAAAAGUUAAAAGCGCGCCAAGAUCUGAAUAAAUUUAUAUGUAUUAAUUUCAUAAAUUAUAUGAAUAAUAUAUAAUGACAAUUUUUAUGUGAUUACUCAUAUCUAAUUAUAAAUGAUCUAUUGAUAUUAUUUUUAAAAAGACAAAUAUGAACAUAUUAUAAUAAUUAAGUAAUUAAUUAAAUUUAAAUAAUAUACAACAUAUCUGAUAAUUAAUAUCUGUCAUAUAUGAUCAUAUAAAUGUUAUUACUACAUUUUUAAGUACAUAUAUAUGGUGACAUAUAUUUUUGUAUAAGUAUAUAUUUUAAAUUUAUAAAUUUGAUAAAAGUUUUACUACAAAAAUGUUUAAGCAGAAUUUAAUAAAAGACUAUUUCGCGUAUACGAAUGAGAUAUAUAUAUAUAUUUAGAUAAUAUAUAUUGGUAUUCAUAGAAUAUAAAUAAAAAAUGCAUGAAAAAAAUUAAAAUGCCUACUCAGAAUCAUCGAUGUCAUGUAUUUGUUUUUAUACUUUAAAUUUAAAUUUAAAUGAAAAUUUUAUUUAAAGAAAUCGAUAAUUGAUUUCAUUAUACAUUGCUCAACUCUCACGACAUUUAUCUUUAAAUAUAUACAUAUAUAUUUAAUUCUUUGGGUUUUAUCUGUAUUAAAUGUAAUGUUUCUAAUAAAUAAAAACGGCAAAUCAGUUUCGAAUAUUUUUUACAUGACAUAGGGAGACUGAGACUGAAAAUAAAAUUUAUUGACAUUUAAAUAAAUGGAUUAAAGCCAUGAGAUAAAAGGCUGUUUAUAAAAUAUAAAUUUUCUAAUAUCGACAAUUUUUUAAAUUUAUCGUCUAAUCGAUAUUGUGAUACACCUUAAAGUAAUCGUUUUUUUUUUUUAAUGAUUUAUGAUAAAAUUUUAUAAAGAUUUUGAACAAUUGAAGAUUUUUUGAUAGUCCAGUGGUCCAGUAUGAUUUAAAUGAUGAGAUAAUUUGUAAGAUUUAGCGUUAAUUAAUUAAUUAUUAAUGAACAGAGAUGAUAAUUAAUGGAGAAUAUAUUGUAUUAAUUAUUAUAAAUGUAAGAAUUAAAUGAUAAAUUAAAUUUAUAUAAAAAUUUAUUAUUAAAUAAAUUACUGAAUAGUUUAUAUAAAAAUUACUCCUUGUUUUAUUUUUAAGUCUCUAUAAUUAUUAUUAUUUUAUCAUGUAAAAUUGGGACUCAGUUUUUUUUAUGUGAAUUAAAAUUUUUUAAUUUAAGAAAUCGUAAACAAAUGAUUUGGUUUUGUUUCGACUUUUUGGUGAAUUAUUUAAAAAAAAAAUUAGAAAAAAAUUGUGGCCUAACUAAAUUUGUAACGAAAAAAAAUCUACCGACUAAAAAGCCCAAAAUAUGUCAAUUUUCUCAAUAUUUAUUGUCUGGUAAUGAUUUAAAUCGAUAGAGAUUUAAAAUUAGUUGAUUUUUACGAUGGCAAUUUAUUUUUAAUGCAAAAAUUGUCGUAAAAAAAAUUAAAUUUCCAUAAAUUAAUAAGUAUAAAUUAGAUUGAAAAUGUUAAUUUUUUAUAAUGUUUUAAUCGAAAAGUUUAUUAUCAGAAAAAAUAAGAGCCCUAUUUUUAUAUAACGACAAAUUAUUUUGAAAAUUACAUUACGCAACUGAUGAAUUAAACGAUUUAUAAAAUUUAUUACGUAUUAGAUGAAAACUUGAUAUUAUGGAAUAAUUUAAAUAGUAUUAUUUUAAAAAUAAAUUAACGUUGAAUAGUUCUUUGUACUCUUUGUGAUCUAAUUAAACGCACAAGUAAAAGACUAUUGAGUAAUUAUAGUAAAGCACUGAAAUAACCAAAUAUGGAUAAAAAUAAAUAAUCCAUAGCUUGAACUUAAAUAGAUAAAUAUUUUAAAUAUAUAAAUAAAAAUAUAUUUUGGAUCCAAAUAAAGCAGUAAUUGCCUGUAUAAUUAUCGCGUCUUAAUUAGGGGCGUAAAUGUCUGGAGUAUAAAUAUAAAUUUGACUUGUGUAUAUAUCAAUAAAAAAAGAAACAAUAAAUAAUAUAAGACAGUUAUUGUAUUGAGAUAAAAUAGGUUAAAGUGAUUGCAAGUGAUUUUUGAUCUAGUUACGAGCAAUUAAGGACGCACGUCAAGUCAGAGGGCAGAGAUAAAUGAAUAACUCAUGUACAUUAAAUCGUUUAUUGUCGUAGUGGACGUAGUUAGUAUAGUGCAUAGCUUACACAGAUCACUCUCUCUUACACAAGAUAAAUAACUACUUGGAGAAAUAACUCGACUGAGAGUAUUCUGCAGAAUUUACUGCACAUGUUGACAGUGCGGCUGCUCAUGACGAUUACUCUAUAAUAUUCACCAGUGAUUUUGCUUUAUAUAUAUUUUAAUGAAAAGCUAAAUCACAAUAUUACUGCCUUUACUUUACAACACCUGCCUUUGUAAUGCCACUAAUCUGAUUUAUUGUUAUUAUUAUUAUUAUUAUUAUAUUUAUAUAAUUAUUAUUUUACCAUCAAUAAAAGGCUUUGUUCUUUGUUGUCUA